UUGCGGCUGUGUUUCUUUGUGAUCCGUUGUCGUCGGCAGUGCGGGUUGUCAGCGACACUGCGGGUAGAGGCUGUGGUUUGUGAUCCGUUGUCGUGAAUCACCGUCGCCAUCGCCAUCGCCAUGGCCGAGACUUGCCGCAUAUGCGCCAGCUUGGUGGCUGACAGUAUGGAAGGAAUGAUGGAGGCAAUUGCUCUCGCUAAAUCCGAGGGCGCCGAUAUGGUGGAGUUGAGGCUUGAUCUGAUCAAGGAUUUUAAGGGAGGGGAGGACUUGGCGCGCUUGCUCACCUCACGGCUGCUUCCAGCUAUCGUCACGUUCAGGCCCACAUGGGAGUAUGGACAGUAUGACGGUGACGAGGAGACAAGGCAACAGGUGUUACGGAGAGCAGUUGAGCUAGGCGCCGAUUUUAUUGAUGUGGAGUUGCAGGUGGCACAGUCAUUUGUAUGCAAGCAUCAAAGUUUGCUGGAGUCGUCUAGGCCGAAUACACGUGUGAUUGUUUCCUCUCACAAUUAUCAAUCAACGCCAUCGUCAGAGGAUCUUGCAACACUUGCCGCCAAAAUUAUCUCCACGGGGGCAGAUAUUGUGAAGAUUGCUGUUAUGGCCUCUACUAUUACUGACACCAGCAGAGUGUUCGAGCUUCUGUCGCACGCACAGGUCCCAACGAUUGCAUUGAGCAUGGGGGAGUAUGGUCUCAUAUCUCGGCUGCUGGCGCCAAAGUUCGGUGGGUUCCUAACGUUUGGCUGUCUGGGUCAGGGCAAGGAGUCAGCACCAGGUCAGCCAACAGUGACUGAGCUGGUAGACAUAUACAGGCUCAGAAGCCAGGGGAGAGAUACAAGGGUGUAUGGACUUAUUGGAAAGCCUGUCAGUCAGAGCAAAGGGCCUCUGAUUCAUAACGCAGCAAUGGAGAAAAACGGGUUCAAUGGAGUUUAUGUGCCAUUUCUGGUGGACAACGUGCCCGAAUUCCUGGACGUGUUUGGAUCGUCACCUGAUUUUGGUGGCUUCAGUGUCACUAUCCCGCAUAAGGAGGCGGCUAUGAGCUGCUGCUCCCAUGAAGUCGAUCCCAGUGUUCAGUCACUUGGAGCUCUGAACACUCUUGUUAAUAAAGGCCAGAAGCUGCUAGGGUACAAUACUGACUGGAACGCUGCGACCUCGGCAGUAGAGGAGGGUUUGAUUGAGCGAGAAAAACUCCGAAAAGGGAUCGAGAUUGACGGGAGCCGAGUAUUGGAAGGAAGGCUGGUUGUGGUGUUAGGAGCAGGAGGAGCAGGCAAAGGAUUGGUGUAUGGGGCCAAGACCCGCGGGGCACAUGUCGUCAUUGCCAACCGAAGUCAUGGGAGAGCUGUUGAGCUGGCGAUUCGUCAGGGUGCAAUCGCCGUACCGCUUAGUGAAGUUUGCGAGGACGGUGCAGUUGAGCGCUUGCUGGAGAAGGUCCGGGCACAGCAUAGCGACCUUCAGGACAAAGAACCGGUGCUGGUGAACACAACGUCCGUUGGAAUGGUACCCAACGUGGAGGAAACUCCGGUUCCUGUGGGGGCUCUCAAGGGUUACGGACUUGUUUUUGAUGCUAUAUACAACCCUUUGGAGACCCGAUUAUUGCGGGAGGCGAAGAGUGUAGGUGCGACCAUCGUCAGUGGCUUGGAGAUGUUCGUCCGUCAAGCAAAUGCGCAAUUUAACCUCUUCACAGGCGAACAAGAUCAGCACCACAGGCGUCCAUAUCAGCAGUUCUAGCACGAGGAGAAAAUCAGACAGCCGAGGAGCUGAGAGGAACGGGCUGGUUGGAACAAAAAGAGUCUAGUUUCGAGUAUCAGAGUAAACGAAGCAAUAGAUC